GAGAUCUUGAGCACUGCACCCUUCGAUUGCUUCAAACCUGUUUGUAGUGGCGCAUUUCUACUGUUAGAUAGCGCGCACUUUCGCGUUCGCUUUCUGAAUCUAGGCCUAGACUACUGGUGUUCUGUUCCGCGGUGAAACGAACGGCGGUGAUGUCAGGAGUCCGUGCCUCCCGCACCUGAACUUUUCACUGGCCCCUGUCAUUGGCCCGUUGUUCAACAACACACCGCCGGGCCUCGACGUGCAUCUCGCAAGAUUCUCAAUCAUCUUCACUCAUUCACAGAUCCUGCUUCUUUUUGCAGAAGCCGCAGCCAUGACCGACACGCCACAGACGACUGCAGGCGAGGAUCCCAAAGGCGCCAAGGUCCUCCAGCAACAUCUGGAUCCCGGGUACGAGUACACCUUAGAUCCCGCGACUCCAGGAGCGGAUGAUGCCAACAGCUCUUCGAACUCCGUUCGGGACGCCCCAGAAUCAUCGUUGAGGCUACAGGGUGGCGAUAUCCACCGCGAUCUUUACAAGAUUGCCGCCAAGAGCAGGCGGCAGCAGUUACACAAGCGAGCUGCAACCUUUUCUAAUACGCACGAGUAUGCGCCAUCGAUCGUCUCAGACAUCGAGCACGAUGAGCUUCCUGUUCAGGAACAGAUGGCACCGGGGGGUUUGAGACGACAGUUCCUGCAGAAGCAGGCCAGGAGCGUUAGUUACAUCGCAGAGCCAGUCACGAGGAACUUCAUCUCUUUUCUCGAGCUGUAUGGCAACUUCGCUGGUGAAGAUCUCGAAGAGUCGGACGAUGAGACAGCUAUCGAGGACGAUGAUGAGGAAGAGCAGGGCGAGCGCCGACCGCUGCUCGGGAGAAGGCAGAGCUCAAGGAGGCUCAGGCAGCAGGGUGACGCUUCCAACAUGAAGUCGUUCUUCACUCUCCUGAAGGCCUUCGUCGGUACCGGUAUCAUGUUUCUACCUAAAGCAUUCAAGAACGGUGGUAUGCUCUUCUCGGCUAUCACCCUGGUCGUCGUUUCUGCCGUAACCAUGAUUUGUUUCGAGCUGCUCCUCUCGUGCAGGAAGCGGUACGGAGGAGGUGGUUACGGAGACCUUGGUCAGCUGAUCGUUGGAAACAGGCUGCGCCAGCUUAUUCUCAUCUCGAUUACGCUCUCGCAAUUUGGCUUUGUCUGCGCAGGUCUCAUCUUCACGGCGGAAAACCUAGCAUCUUUUUUUGACGCAGUCACGCCUAACUCCAAACCGCUCGGUACGAACGCUCUCAUCGGCAUCCAGCUCGUACUUUUGAUCCCCCUGGCGUUCAUCCGUAAUAUCUCCAAGCUCGGCCCAGCCGCUCUGCUUGCAGACAUCUUCAUCCUGAUUGGCUUGACUUACAUCUACUGGUACGAUAUCUCCUGGAUCAGCAAGAUGGGGGGCUUCCACCCCAGCAUCGAGCUCUUCAACCCCCGCGACUGGACCAUGACCAUCGGAUCUGCGAUAUUCACCUUCGAGGGUAUUGGCCUCAUUCUUCCCAUCCAAUCGAGCAUGAAGCACCCGGAGCACUUCAGCAAGUUGCUCUUGAUCGUCAUGGCAAUCAUCACUGUCAUCUUCACUUCCGUUGGUGUGCUCUGCUACGGCACUUUUGGAGAGAACGUCUCCGUUGAGGUCAUCACCAACUUCCCGCAAUCCAGCAAACUUGUCAACGCCGUGCAAUUCCUAUACUCCAUGGCCGUUUUGGUCGGCACACCCGUCCAGCUGUUCCCCGCUAUGCGCACCAUCGAGCUUAAAAUCUUCGGCCGUGCGUCUGGCAAGAAGGAUAGCCUCACCAAGUGGAAGAAGAACGCCUUCAGGACUGCGCUAGUCAUCUUCGCUGGUGUCGUCGCUGCUCUUGGCGCGAGCGAUCUUGACAAGUUUGUCGCUCUGAUUGGCAGCUUUGCUUGUGUGCCACUGGUGUAUAUCUACCCGGCUUACCUGCACUACAAAGGUGUGGCUGAGCGCCCGUGGGCUAAGGCUGGUGAUAUUGCGAUGAUGGUCCUGGGUCUAGUUGCUAUGGUUUACACCACUAGCAUCACCAUCGCCCGCUGGGCGGAGACAUAGAAACUGAAUGGACGAUCAACGUUCACGGUUUGCUUGUGUUUGCCAAUGUUCACAUCCUCUUUGGUUCAGCAUGUACUUUUUGCGUCAAAAGGAGAGGAAAGAGGAAAAGCAAAACGAUUGUAUACGAAUUUUGUUUGCAUGGCGUUAUAGGGAGUGCUUUCUGGCUCUCUGAUUGAGUCUUGCCAGCUGGCAUGUGCCAAGAACUGUAAAUACGCAUUAUAGUACUGUCCAGCGUCAAGUGCUAUAUAGCAUUACAACUCUUUAUGUACUUGGUA